AAAUACACCCUAGCUCCCCUUCAAUUUCUUUUUUUUUCUUAUUUGACCCAAGCUUCAAGUUUCCUCUUUGCUCUAAUGAAUAUUUUCUUCUAUGCAUAUGAGCAGAUCUAUGAGUAAUAUUAAAGCAAAUCUAUGAACAGGAUCAGCAGCUUUGUUUGAGCAAAGACGGGGGAUCAAAGAGCUACCUAGCCUAGAUCUGCACAAAUGAGUACAGCCAGAUUUAUCAAGUGUGUCACCGUGGGGGAUGGGGCUGUGGGAAAAACAUGCAUGCUCAUUUCCUACACUAGCAACACCUUUCCCACGGAUUAUGUUCCAACUGUCUUCGACAAUUUCAGUGCCAAUGUGGUGGUGGAUGGUAGUACUGUGAAUCUUGGCCUGUGGGAUACUGCAGGACAGGAAGAUUACAACAGGCUGAGGCCUCUAAGUUACAGAGGGGCAGAUGUGUUCUUGCUGGUGUUUUCUCUCAUCAGCAAGGCCAGUUUUGAGAAUAUCUACAAAAAGUGGAUCCCUGAGCUCAGGCACUAUGCUCCCAAUGUCCCAAUCGUGCUAGUUGGAACCAAGCUUGAUUUGAGAGCAGACAGGCAGUUCUUGCUUGAGCAUCCUGGAGCAUCACCAGUAUCAACUAGUGAGGGGGAGGAGUUGAGGAAGAUGAUUGGUGCAAGCACCUAUAUCGAGUGCAGUUCUAAAACUCAGCAGAAUGUGAAGGUUGUGUUCGAUGCUGCAAUAAAAGCUGUCUUGCGUCCCUCAAAGCCAAAGAAAAAACCGCAGAAGCCAAAACCAUGCACCCUUCUUUAAGUCGAUGCCCAGAAGAGAUAUCAGUCUCGGGAAUAAGUAUUUGGGGCUUUUGGUUUAGGAUUGUGUGAAUUUGUACAAAAAGACUAUUGAAUUUUUGUCUAAGUUCACACAGUUUCAAAUAUAAAGUUCUAAAUUUGUAAA